AUGGCUCUGGCUCUCCUCUUGGCCGCGGUCCUGGGACUUCUUAUUGUCAAGGCUGUUUUGUUUCCGCUGAGAAACCCGAGCUCCCCUCCUUGCAUCGGGAGCUGGAUCCCUUGGUUUGGAGCUGCGUUUCAGUUCGGGAAAGCUCCUCUGGAGUUUAUAGAGCAAGCUAGAAGCAAGCAUGGGCCUGUAUUCACAAUAUUUGCUCUGGGAAAACGGUUUACUUUUGUGACUGAGGAAGAAGGAGCCGAAGCAUUUUUUAAAUCUAAAGACUUAAACUUUGAACAGGCAGUACAACAAGCUGUCGAGAAUGCAGUUUCUGUCCCUGCAGAAGCAUUUUAUCAGAACCAUGGCAACCUCUACAGCAUGAUGAAGGGAAAGAUGGGUCCUUCCAAUCUGCACAUGUUCACAGGCACUUUGUGUAAGGAACUGCAUGAGCACAUGGCAAACCUGGGCACGGAGGGCACAGGCGACCUCAAUGACCUGGUAAGGCAUGUCAUGUAUCCAGCAGUGGUGAACACCUUGUUUGGGAAAGGCAUCUGUCCGACAAGUCAGAGCGAAAUCAAGGAGUUUGAAGAACAUUUUCAGAAGUAUGAUGAGGACUUCGAAUAUGCUUCUCAGAUGCCCGAGUGCUUCCUGAGGAACUGGUCUAAAUCCAAAAAAUGGCUUCUAAAAUUAUUUGAGAAAGUAGUGUCAGAUGCUGAAAGGACCAACCCUUCAGAGACCACAUCCAAGACGCUACUGCAACAUCUCCUGGAUAACUUGCAAGGAAAACAUCUGGGUCCCAAUUAUGGUCUCCUAAUGCUCUGGGCUUCGCAAGCAAAUGCUGUCCCUGUUGCAUUUUGGACCCUUGUUUUCAUACUCUCUUAUCCUUCCAUUUACGAGAGAAUCAUGGAAGACCUGGCUUCUGUUUUUGGCAAAGCAGGUAAAGAUAAACUAGAAGUCUCUGAAGAGGACCUGAAGAAGCUCCCUUUUAUUAAAUGGUGCACUCUAGAAGCCAUACGGCUGAGGUCUCCAGGUGCAAUCACCAAGAAAGUAGUAAACCCUAUAAGAAUUCAGAAUUUCACCGUCCCUGCAGGUGACAUGCUGAUGUUAUCGCCCUAUUGGCUGCACAGGAAUCCAAAAUAUUUUCCUGACCCAGAAAUGUUCAAACCUGAUCGUUGGAAAGAGGCAAAUUUAGAGAAGAAUGCUUUCUUGGACAGCUUUGUGGCAUUCGGAGGAGGGAAGCAUCAGUGUCCAGGAAGGUGGUUUGCGAUCAUGGAAAUCCAGUUGUUCGUUGUGCUGUUCCUAUACAAAUACGAAUUUGUGCUUUUGGAUGCAGUACCAAAGGAGAGCCCUUUACAUUUGGUGGGGACACAGCAGCCCACGGCACCAUUCCGAGUGCAGUAUAAAUGCCGGGAAUGA